GCCUCCCAUUCUUCAGUCUGCUUCAGAGGAACGCAAACACCUGACCUGCUCCUAAUAUUCUCUCAGAGACUCUCGGAGAGAGAAGACGAUGGCUUCCAUGGGGAUGCAGAUGGCGGGCUGCGCCAUGGGCAUUCUGGGCUGGAUCGGGGUGAUCAUUGUGUGCGGCACACCCAUGUGGCGGGUCAGUGCCUUCAUUGGCAGCAACAUAGUGACAUCCCAGACCAUGUGGGAGGGCAUCUGGAUGAGCUGCGUGGUCCAGAGUACGGGCCAGAUGCAGUGUAAGGUGUACGACUCCAUGUUGGCUCUAACUGGUGACCUGCAGGGGGCCCGGGCUCUCAUGGUGGUUUCCAUCGUCGUCGGUAUCAUUGGGAUCCUCGUAGCUUUCUUUGGCGGAAAGUGCACCAACUUCAUUCCAGAUGAGAGGGCCAAGGCAAGGGCGUCGAUAGCAGCGGGUGUGUUGCUGAUCAUCAGUGGACUCCUUUGUCUUAUCCCUGUUUCGUGGACUGCCAGCAUUAUCAUAAGGAACUUCUACAACCCUGUGCUAGUUGCCGCCCAGAAAAGAGAGCUCGGGGCCUCUCUUUACAUCGGCUGGGGGGCCGGGGCUCUGCUGCUCUUGGGAGGAGCGCUCAUGUGUGCCAGCUGUCCCCCUAAAGAGGAGAAGACCCCCUCUGCUAAGUACUUCCUAAACAAGCCUGGAGGAAAUAGCGAUUCAGGCCAAUCGUACGAACCGAACAAGACGUAUAUUUGAGAUUUCUAAACGGACAAAGAGAAGUCUGGUUGAUGUAAAAUAAACUUGGAGUUUAAUCUGUGAAACAUCAAGAAAAAGGACGAACACACAGACGACCCACAAUGAAGGAAAUAUGCACUUUUAUGCUCUCUGUCGGAGAUUGCUUUGAAUAUUGUUGGUACUCUUGGUAAUGAACAUGUAUAUGGUGGUAGCUUAAAUUAUAAAAACUGUGUUUUACAUGCUUGGGAAAGUGGAUGAAGAAAUAAUUUAUUGUAAUUGCACUGUGCACCUUUUUGUCCUUUGAUAUAUGUAUUUUUUUCACAAUAAAUUACCUUCUGUUGUA